GUGGAAAGAGAAGGUGAGAAAAGAGUACAAUACGAUUUAAAUCGCUUUAGGUAUAUGUCACAGAAGCAUGCACCAAAAUAUUAAGAGGAUUGUUUGCGGCUGGUGGUGGCGAGCUUUCUUUUUCUUUAAAGUUGACUGAUUUAGUAAAUAAAAAUGCAAAACAAUUAUUCGUUAUGUAUCUGAAAUUCCAACUUAAUUCGACUCCCCAAUAUUAUCUGGAAAUCCUACUUUAGUGAUUUCCAAUUUCUUCCAAAUUGACUUCAAUAAGCAUGCAUUGCUUUUGAACUUAGGCGAAAAAUGUAAAACUAGAAAAUGUAAGCUACGAUGAGGCUGUGUAAUUCGUAACCAUGAUUACCAUUUCUUCUUUAAAGCUGAAGUCUGCAAGUCGUAACUCAUUAUUUACCCUCUAAGGUAACUUAAGGGAUAAAUUAUUAGCAGCCAUAACAUGACGUGGUGCUGUGGAAUGAAUCAGACCUGGUUUGAAGGCAGAGCUCAUCUGCUUCGGGGCUAAAUACCCUUAGGCAGGACAGUUAACAUCUCCUGGUCUAAAUUUACUUCUCUUUUAAAUGGGAAAAAAGAACCUGCCUUACUGGUUGUAGUGAGGUUCAUGCAACGGGAACGCGCUUUGUGAACCCUAAAGCACUAUGUCAGUCUUUACAGUUUAUGAGCAAUAGCAAAAUCCUAGGAUUGUGGCAUCUUGGGGGGCCGCUCUCCAACGGCGAGAGUAAACGAGUCUUUCCUGGAACCCCGAAGGUUUCGCAGGGCCCCAGGACUCUUCCUACGUCUCUCAGCGGGGUUCUCAACAGAGAUAAAUCUGCCGGAGGAGUUUCCGGUUGGCUCUGCGCCCCGCCCCUCUCCCAAAAUCCACGCUGGUUGAAUUCUGAAAUCCGCCGGGCUCUAGGACCACAUGGGAUGAUCCGCCGCUUGGCAGCUGCCCGGCUCUACCGGGCUGUAAAUUCCAUCGUUGCAGCGUCAUUGGCUUGAGAGCUGCCUGAAGGACAGCAGCAACAGCCAAUGGGAGGCCGCUAUUCCCAGGCGGCCGCGUUAUAAGAGCCAGUCAGGCCCUCAUUUGUGCUUAACUCUUUAAAGGUAGGUUCGUGACCCGUGAGAAAGUAGUUGGUGGUAAAUGUGCCACGUCUUCUAAGAAGGGGGAGUCUUGAACUUGCCUGAAGCCGUUGUCCCUAAGCCUUGAACUACGCUCUUAAAUCUGUGAAGUCAAGGGCCCUUUCGCUGCUUUUGUAGGGACUUCUUUUCUGCUUCAGCAACAUGAGGCUUUUCUUGGGGAACGCGGUCUUGACUCUGUUCGUCUCUUCUUUGAUUGGGGCUUUGAUCCCUGAACCAGAAGUGAAAAUUGAAGUUCUCCAGAAGCCAUUCAUCUGCCAUCGAAAGACCAAAGGAGGGGAUUUGAUGUUGGUCCACUAUGAAGGCUACUUAGAAAAGGACGGCUCUUUAUUUCACUCCACUCACAAACAUAACAAUGGUCAGCCCAUUUGGUUUACCCUGGGCAUCCUGGAGGCUCUCAAAGGUUGGGACCAGGGCUUGAAAGGAAUGUGUGUAGGAGAGAAGAGAAAGCUCAUCAUUCCUCCUGCUCUGGGCUAUGGAAAAGAAGGAAAAGGUAAAAUUCCCCCAGAAAGUACACUGAUAUUUAAUAUUGAUCUCCUGGAGAUUCGAAAUGGACCAAGAUCCCAUGAAUCAUUCCAAGAAAUGGAUCUUAAUGAUGACUGGAAGCUCUCUAAAGAUGAGGUUAAAGCAUAUUUAAAGAAGGAGUUUGAAAAACAUGGUGCGGUGGUGAAUGAAAGUCAUCAUGAUGCUUUGGUGGAGGAUAUUUUUGAUAAAGAAGAUGAAGACAAAGAUGGGUUUAUAUCUGCCAGAGAAUUUACAUAUAAACAUGAUGAGUUAUAGAGAUACAUCUACCUAUUUAAUAUAGCACUCAUCUUUCAAGAGAGGGCAGUCAUCUUCAAAGAACAUUUUAUUUUUAAACAAUGUUCUUUCUUGCUUUAUUUUUUAUUUUUAUAUAUUUUUUCUGACCCCUAUUUAAAGAACCCCUUAGGGUUUCUAAGUACCUAUUUCUUUCUGGUAAGUUAUUGGGAAGAAAAAGCUAAUUGGUCUUUGAAUAGAGGACUUCUGGACAAUUUUUCACUUUCACAGAUAUGAAGCUUUGUUUUACUUUCUUUCUCACUUAUAAAUUUAAAAUGCUGCAACUGGGAACAUACCACGACAUGAGACCAGGUUAUAGCACAAAUUAGCACCCUAUAUUUCUGCUUCCCUCUAUUUUCUCCAAGUUAGAGGUCAACAUUUGAAAAGCCUUUUGCAAUAGCCCAAGGCUUGCUAUUUUCAUGUUAUAAUGAAAUAGUUUAUGUGUAACUGGCUCUGAGUCUCUGCUUGAGGACCAGAGGAAAAUGGUUGUUGGACUUGACUUGUUAACGGCUACUGCUUUACUAAGGAGAUGUGCAAUGCUGAAGUUAGAAACAAGGUUAAUAGCCAGGCACGGUGGCUCACGCCUGUAAUCCCAGCACUUUGGGAGGCUGAGGCAGGCGGAUCACCUGAGGUUGGGAGGUCGAGACCAGCCUGAUCAACAUGGAGAAACCCUGUCUCUACUAAAAAUACAAAAUUAGCCAGGCGUGGUGAUGCAUGCCUGUAAUCCCAGCUACUCAGGAAGGCUGAGGCAGCAGAAUCACUUGAACCCGGAGGCAGGCGGAGGUUGCGGUGAGCCGAAAUCACCUCCAGCCUGGACACUCUGUCUCGAAAAAAAGAAAAGAAACACAGUUAAUAACAUAUAAAUAUGUACGCAUUGAGACAUGCUACCUAGGACUUAAGCUGAUGAAGCUUGGCUCCUAGUGAUUGGUGGCCUAUUAUGAUAAAUAGGACAAAUCAUUUAUGUGUGAGUUUCUUUGUAAUAAAAUGUAUCAAUAUGUGAUAGAUGAGGUAGAAAGUUAAAUUUAUAUUCCAUGUUUACUUCUUAAGGCUAGGGGAAUAUCCUUCCUGGUUCUUUAAUGGGUAGUCUAUAGUAUAUUAUACUAUAACAUUGUAUCAUAAGAUAAAGUAGUAAACCAGUCUACAUUUUCCCAUUUCUGUCUCAUCAAAAACUGAAGUGGUCUGGGCGUGGUGGCUCAUGCCUGUAAUCCCAGCACUUUGGGGGCCAAGGAGGGUGGAUCACUUGAGAUCAGGAGUUCGAGACCAGCCUGGCCAACAUGGUGAAACCCCGUCUCUACUAAAAAUACAAAAAUUAGCCAGGCGUGGUGGUGCACACCUGUAGUCCCAGCUACUCGGGAGGCUGAGACAGGAGAUUUGCUUGAACCCGGGAGGCAGAGGUUGCAGUGAGCCAUGAUUGUGCCGCUGCACUCUAGCCUGGGUGACAGAGCAAGACUCCAUCUCAAAAAAAAAAAAAAAAGAAGUGGACCUACAGCAGCUACUACUGAUUAAAUACCUAUCCUGGAUUUAAAAAAAGAAAAAAAAAUUAUAAUUUUAUUUUAAAUUGGCUUUUAUCUUUAAUUCUUUUUUUUAAAGUGAUCAAAUCUUCGUUUUCUAAGAAUAGCCCUUUAUAAGUGUACAAAAUGAUAUUAAGUGCAUUAUUAUCUUUGAUUUUCAUGGCUCUGAGUCAUAAAAUAAGCUGGUGGAUCUCACUGUACCUAAUUUAUAGAUAAGGAAAUUGUCAUUCAAAAAGAUUGACUGUUAUGCCCAGGGUCAGCACUAACCUGUAGAACCAGUAUUCAGUCCCCAAGUUCAGUGUCUUCUACUGCCCUCUACUAAUGAAAAAGUGAAAAUUUCCCUUGGGCCUAACUCUGUCUUCAGUUUGCUGUUCCGUUGUUUAUCUUUGAGUCUUCAUUCUCUGAAGAUGGCUUUCUGCCUGUUUCUGGUACAUCAGAAUUCUCACUAUGAUGGAGAAAUGGCUCCAGUUUCAUAGCAUAAUCUUGCAGUUAGCUCUGAAUUGCCUCAAAAACCCUGAACAAUGUGAGGUUCCAGAUGUGUUUUACUUCUUUCAUUCGUAUUUACCCCCAUUUGUUGUUUAAAAAGAAUUAUGAACAAUUAUUACAUCAUAUGUAGACCACUUUCACUGAUUAUAUAUUGACAUUUUCCUCAGUAAAACAAAAAGUUCUUAACAAGACUAUACUGUAACACCUUUCUCCAACAAAAUCAGCUGUAUGUUGAAAACUAUUAAGUCAUUGCUAAUGUUUUAAGCCAUAAUACAGAGAGCCUUAUACUCUAUGAUGGGAGAAGGGAAAGUAGUUUGUCCUAUGGUGCUACUCUGUAUAAACAUUACUGAUACUAUCUAUAGUAGGGCAAGAAAGGUAACAAGAGUUCUGAUUAUUCAGGCAGCAUUUUUAAAAACCUGUGAAUUUGUAUCAGUUCUCAUCUAAACAUUUGGACACAAGUAUAAAAUGAAAACAUAUGCACAAGUUAUGGUUUUUAAGUUAUCUGCUUUUUUUUUGGUUUCACUGUACCUUUGCACUCUUCUAUUAGUGGGAAUAAUCAGACAUGAACUGUGACUUCACAUGUACAGUCAUACCUCGCUUAAUGAUGGAGAUGCACUCUGAGAAAUGUCUAAUUAGGUUAUUUCAUCGUUGUGGGAACAUCAUAGAGUGUACUUACACAAACCUAGAUAGUGUAGCCUGCUACACAUGCAGGAUAUGUAUAUAGCCUAUUGCUCCUAGGCUACAGCAUGUUGCUGUUCUGAAUCUUGUAGGCAAUUGUAACACAAUGGCAAGCGUCUGUUUAUCCAAACAUAUCUAAACACAGAAAAGAUACUAUAACAAUAACAAUAUGGUAUAAAAGAUUUUGUAAAAAAUCUGGUCAGGUGCAGUGGUUCACGCCUGUAAUCCUAGCACUUUGGGAGGCUGAGGCAGGUGGAUUGCUUGAGCCCAGAAGCUCAAGACCAGCCUGGGCAACAUGGCAAAAUCCCGUCUCUACUAAAAGUAUAAAAACUGAGGUUGGAGGAUCACCUGAGCCUGGCACGGUCAAGGCUGCAGUGAGCCAUGAGCAUACCACUGUACUCCAGCCUGGGUGACAGAGUGACUCCCCAUCUAAAAAAAAAAAAAAAUUAUAUAUAUAUGGUAUACUUGUAUAGGGCACUUACUAACGGAGCUUACAGGACUGAAAGUUGCUCUGGAUGAGUCGGUGAGUGAAUGUAAAGGCCUAGGACAUUACUGUACACUACUGUAGACUUUAUAAACACUUUACACUUAGGUGACACUAAAUUUAUAAAAAAUGUUUUUCUUCUGGUUGGGCAUGGUGCCUCAUGCCCAUAAUCCCAGCAUUAUGGGAGGCCGAGGUGGGUGGAUCACUCAAGGUCAUGAGUUUGGGACCAGCCAGGCCAACAUGGCUAAACCCCAUCUCUACUAAAAAUACAAUAAUUAGCCAGGUGUGGUGGCAUAUGUGUGUAGUCCCAGCUAACUGAGAGGCUGAGGCAGGAGAAUUGCUUGAAUCCAGGAGGUGGAGGUUGCAGUGAGCCAAGAUCGAACCACUGCACUCUAGCCUGGGUGACAGAGGAGCAAGACUCUGUCUCAAAAAAAAAAAUUCGAUGAUUUUUAUAGAAAUAAUAAAAAGCUAACCUUAGCUUACUGUAAAUUUUCUAGUUUAAAAUAUUUAAAAACAAUUUUUGGACUCGUCUAGUAAUAACGUAGCUUAAAACACACAUUGUACAGCUGUACAAAAAUAUUUUCUUUAUAUCCUUAUUAUAUAAGCUUUUAUCUAUUUAAAUUUUGAAUUUUUAAACUUUUUGGUCAAAAACCAAGACAAACUCACUAGCCUGGGCCUAUGCAGGGUCAGGAUCAAGACAUCCCUAGCAGGUGACAGGAAUUUUUCAACUUCAUUAUAAUCUGUGGGGCCACCAUCAUAUAUAUAUGGUACAUUGACCAAAACAUGUGGUGCCAUGACUAUAUAAUUUGCGUCAAUACUGCUCCAUGUGCCAUAUUUAAAUUUACAUGACUAUAUUGUGAUAUUCUUUUCAAAAUAAAGUUUAUCUGGGAGAUAACUGAUUUUGUGAAAAAUUCUUCAACACCAAUUUCCUCAGCAGUUGUAUUGAUUUUCUUACCUGUUAUUCUAAAUUUUAUACCAAAAGUGAGGAAAAUGGACAGGUAGUGGAAGGAGAGGGGUACAGCGACACUUUGAUCAUGCCUCUGAUUAUCUGCUCUGUAUAGGUAUAUUUGUAAGAAAAGCUGUGGUUUGAUUUAAAUUGUUUUGAAAUAUGCAUUAAGUCUUGACCUUUAGCAUGAUAGUUAACAGUUAAUUCUUGGCACUGAAGAAAGUGUUUUUGGUUUUUUGAGGGGGAGGAGGGAGGGUGAUGGUUAUUAUCGCUGUUGUUUUGGUUUAGGGUUUUAUCGUGUGUAGCAGUUGGACACUGAUUUAUGCCUACUGCGUAAAUCAGUGCUAUAAAAUACCCUCUGUGAUUAAACGAAAUGUGGGGUUGCCAUGAAAAUAAUGAGAAACAAUGAUUUCUGAUUCAGAUGAAGAAUCUGGCCAUUUGGAUCUUUCCUUGCGGAAAUGAAUUUGUAGUUUUUAUUUUAUUAAUGAUAUGUGGGAUAUUGCUUAUAUUUCUUUUCUAUUUUUUUUCUUUUGUUGUUGUUGAGAUGGAGUUUCGCUCUUGUUGCCCAGGCUGGAGUCCAGUGGCGCUAUCUCGGCUGACCACAACCUCUGCCCCCUGGGUUCAGGCAAUUCUCCUGCCUCAGCCUCCCCAGUAGCUAGGAUUACAGGCAUGCGCCACCACACCCGGCUAAUUUUUAUUAUUAUUAUUAUUUUUUUUUUUUAGAAGAGACAGGGUUUCUCCAUGUUGAUCAGGCUGGUCUUGAACGCCUGACCUCAGGUAAUCCACCUGCCUCAGCCUCCCAAAGUGCUGGGAUUACAGGCGUGAGGGACCACGCCCGGCCUAUUGCUUGUAUUUCUAAUGCUACGUAGAGGUCAGCAUGCUAUCUCUCCCCAUUGAACUGUGUAUAUAUGGGUGAUUUCUCAGUGUUUGGACAUUGCAAGAGGAGAAAAAGGAAUUUGGUGGCAUGUUAUGGGAAAAUAUAUUCUCUUACCUUUUUAUUAAAAAGGUAAAUUAUACGCUGAGUGUGGUGGCUCAUGCCUGUACUCCCAGCACUUUGGGACGCUGAGGUGGGGGGGAUCACUUGAGGUCAGGUGUUCGAGACCAACCUGGUCAACAUGGUGAAACCCUGUCUCUACCAAAAAUGCAAAAAUUAGCCAGGCAUGGUGGUGCACGUAUGUAAUCCCAGCUACUAGGGAGGCUGAAGCAGGAGAAUCACUUGAACCUGGGAGGUGGAGGUUGAAGUGAGCCAAUAUUGUGCUACUACAUUCCAGCCUGAGUGACAGAGCAAGACUCCAUCUCAAAAAAAAAAAAAAGAA